AUGAGUCAUCAGCUGUCCUUGAUCACGACGACGAAGGUAGCUGCGGCAAAGAGGGCGGCGGGGGGACGUGCCGCGACAAUCUUUGUUGCAGUAAAUAUGGAUAUUGUGGAAGUAAGGUUCAAUAUUGUGGGGCCGGAUGUCAGAGUGGUUACGGACGCUGCCAUGGCGGCGGAGGCGGGGACACUCCUCCAGGCGGCGGGGGGCACACUCCUCCGCCUCGCCCUUCUCCGAGUUCUAGUGCUCCAUCGCCCUGUACUUGUUAGUACGAGAUGUUGA